CAUUUAUGUAUCCUUGCUACCAAAUACAACGUAUCAGCUUGUGCUUUCAUAGAUAUAUCACCCCUUCGGCACAGCGGACAGAGCUUAGCACGAACGCACAUUUGCCCAGCAUGUCGCUCUCCAACAAGCUCGCCAUCAAUGACUUGGACCUGAAGGACAAGCGGGUCCUUAUCCGUGUCGACUUCAAUGUCCCCAUGGAUGGAGACAAGAUCACGAACCCGCAACGCAUCGUUGCAGCUCUCCCCACCAUCAGGUACGCAAUCGAGCAGAAACCUAAGGCAAUCGUCCUGAUGUCCCACAUGGGGCGCCCCGACGGCCAGCCGAAUGCUAAAUACUCGCUGAAGCCAGUCGCCGCCGAGCUUUCCAAGCUGCUCGAUGGCACAGACGUCAAGUUCCUCCCCGACUGUGUAGGCACCGAGACUGAGCAAGCCGUUGCAUCUGCAUCUAAUGGCCAGGUCUUUCUGCUGGAGAACCUGCGCUUCCACAUCGAAGAGGAGGGCAAGGGCAAGAACGCACAGGGCGAGAAGGCCAAGGCGGACCCCAAGGACGUCGAGGCGUUCCGUACUAGCUUGACCAAGCUGGGAGACGUGUACGUCAACGAUGCGUUCGGCACUGCGCACCGCGCGCACAGCUCGAUGGUCGGUGUGCAGCUCGAUCAGCGCGCAUCGGGAUUCUUGAUGAAGAAGGAGCUGGACUUCUUUGCUAAGGCACUCGAGAACCCGGACCGCCCCUUCCUUGGAAUCCUCGGUGGUGCCAAGGUAUCGGACAAGAUCCAGCUGAUCGAGAACAUGCUCGACAAGGUCAACUCGCUGAUCAUCUGCGGCGGGAUGGCGUUCACGUUCAAGAAGACACUGGAAGGCGUUAAGAUCGGCAACUCGCUCUUCGAUGAAGAAGGGAGCAAGAAGGUCAGCGAGUUGAUCGAGAAGGCUAAGAAAAACAACGUCAAAGUUGUGCUCCCCGUUGACUACGUCACAGCGGACAAGUUCGCCAAGGACGCACAGGUCGGCAGCGCGACGGACAAGGAGGGCAUCCCGGACGGCUGGAUGGGCCUCGAUGCCGGUCCAGAGUCGCGCAAGCUGUUCGAGCAGACGAUCAAGACGGCCAAGACGAUCCUCUGGAAUGGACCGGCGGGUGUGUUCGAGUUUGAGAACUUUGCAGCGGGCAGCAAGGCGUGCCUCGACGCGUGCCUCCAAGCCGAGAAGAACGGCAGCACGGUCAUCGUCGGCGGAGGCGACACGGCCACCGUCGUCGCCAACUAUAAGGCUGAGGACGGGAUCAGCCACUGCUCCACUGGCGGAGGUGCCAGCUUGGAGCUCCUCGAGGGAAAGACGCUCCCCGGUGUCGCGGCGCUGUCAGAAAAAAAAGCAUGAGCAGCCGACUGAGGUUGUAAGGCUCCUUAGGGUGUGUGUAUGUGUAGGGGCGUACAGUAGCAGAGCAUGCAUGUAUCCUUGCGCAGAUUCAAUGCAGGCGCUCGCACAUGCAA